UGCCGUACCGUCCGGGCGGCGAGUUGCAUCCUGGUUCAGUUAGUGUGUACGGCGUGUGUCGAGUGUUUGCUGAUCACUGUCGCCACCAACAAAAUGAACCGCGAGAGCUUCGCGGCGGGCGAGCGGCUGGUGUCGCCGGCUUAUGUGCGGCAGGGCUGUGAGGCCCGCCGCUCGCAUGAGCACCUCAUAAGGCUGCUUCUGGAGAAGGGCAAGUGUCCAGAGGAUGGUUGGGAUGAAAGUACACUUGAACUUUUUUUACAUGAACUUGCAAUCAUGGAUAGCAACAAUUUCCUGGGCAAUUGUGGUGUGGGAGAAAGGGAAGGGAGAGUGGCAUCUGCCUUAGUUGCUCGGCGUCAUUACAGGUUCAUUCACGGAAUUGGACGAUCGGGUGAUAUUUCUGCUGUGCAACCAAAAGCUGCAGGUUCUAGCCUUUUGAACAAAAUUACCAAUUCUUUGGUCCUGGACAUCUUGAAGUUGGCUGGUGUCCCUACAGUGACCAACUGCUUUGUAGUUCCCAUGGCAACUGGUAUGAGUCUAACCUUGUGUUUCUUAACAUUACGACAUAAAAGACCAAAAGCAAAGUAUAUUAUAUGGCCGAGAAUAGACCAGAAGUCCUGCUUUAAAUCCAUGAUCACUGCAGGUUUUGAGCCUGUGGUGAUAGAGAAUGUUGUAGAAGGUGACGAGCUGCGCACAGACCUGAAAGCAGUGGAGUCUAAAGUCCAGGAACUUGGGCCUGAUUCCAUUCUGUGUGUUCAUUCCACUACAUCCUGUUUCGCUCCAAGGGUGCCUGAUAGAGUAGAAGAACUGGCUGUGAUCUGUGCUAAUUAUGGCAUCCCACAUAUAGUCAACAAUGCAUACGGAGUGCAGUCUUCAAAGUGUAUGCACCUCAUCCAGCAGGGGGCUCGGGUUGGCAGAAUAGAUGCUUUCGUUCAGAGCUUGGACAAAAAUUUUAUGGUUCCAGUAGGUGGCGCUAUAAUUGCUGGCUUUAAUGAUUCCUUCAUUCAGGAAAUCAGCAAGAUGUAUCCAGGAAGAGCUUCAGCUUCACCUUCUUUAGAUGUCCUUAUUACUUUAUUAUCACUUGGAUCAAAUGGCUAUAAGAAGCUCUUAAAAGAAAGAAAGGAAAUGUUUUCAUAUUUGUCCAGCCAACUAGAGAAGCUGUCAGAAUGCUACAAUGAAAGACUGUUGUAUACACCUCACAAUCCCAUAUCUUUAGCUAUGACACUUAAGACACUAAGUGAAUACCAGGACAGAUCUGUCACUCAGCUUGGCUCAAUGCUUUUUACCAGACAGGUUUCUGGAGCCAGGGUUGUGCCUCUUGGGUCUGUGCAAGCCGUGAGUGGCCACACCUUCCGAGGCUUUAUGGCACAUACAAAUAAUUACCCUUGCGCUUACCUCAACGCUGCAGCAGCCGUUGGAAUGAAGACACAGGAUGUGGACUUGUUCGUGAAGAGACUUGACAAGUGUUUAAAGACAGUAAGAAAAGAACAAAAUAAAGAGAGUAAUGCAUCUGCAGUUGAAAAUUACAACAAAACUGAAGAUGUAGAUAUUGAAGAAAUGGCCUUAAAACUAGAUAAUGUGCUUCUUGACACGUCCCAGAAUUCUUCAUGACAUGUGUAAGGUUUCUUUUUGACUAUUUGAAAGAAGUGAUGAGGCUACAGUACAAAGCAGUUUAAAGAUAGGGCUUGAGGUUUCGGAACUGAGAAUGUCUUGGAGGAUUUGGAGGAUAUUUGGUUGAGGUACAGACUGAGGUCUGAGCUAGCCAUCUGAUGACUUGCUAUCUUUUUUAGAUUCUUAGACUGCCUCAAUUAUUAUGUUCCUUAACAGAUAAAACUACCAUUAGGAUUUUUCUAAUUGUUAGAAUAUUUGUCAAUUAAGCAUUAUGAUUCAGAUCAUUCUUACUAGCGUGACAAGUAAAAUUACUUCUAAUUCUU